CACGCACCCCGCAGGUCUGUGAAGACGUGCAUCCUGGAUGGGGAGAUGGUCGGGUUUGAUCGCGAGUCGAAAUCGGUCAUUGUGAAAGGCGACAACUUCGAUGUCAAGGCCCUUGGCCGCCCAGGCGUCACGCGCGACAGAUACCCAACGGCGAUCCAGUGCUACAUCGUGUUUGACCUCGUGCUGCUCAACGGAGAGCCCUGGUACGACCGGCCCUUGAGGGAGCGCAAGGAAAUGCUUGCACGCAUCAUCACCCCAGACAACGAACGCAUCAUCCUGGCAGACUAUAAGAUUGGGCGCAGCAACGAUGAUUUCCUCAAGUUUGCAAACGCUGCCAUUGACGAGCGGGAGGAAGGUGUGAUGAUCAAGGAUCUCGACUCAAAGUAUCUGCUGGGCCGUCGCGAUAAGGCCUGGAUGAAGUGGAAGCCCGAAUAUGUCGACACCCUCGCAGAUGACCUCGACCUCCUCGUUGUUGGCGGAUACCACGGGGAGGGCACACGUCGCUCGGGCGGCAUUUCGCAUUUCCUCCUCGCUGUCGCUGAGCCGCCGCAGCCAGGCGAGAAACCAACCAUGUUCAACACGUUUUGCAAGGUUGGGACUGGCUAUUCUCUGAAACAGCUGCGGGAGAUCCAGGCGCGGUUACGCCCGCACUGGAAAACAUUCAACACAGAUCCCCGAAAUAUGUCCAUGUCAAGAAAGGUGCGGCUGGCCAUGCCCGGUUUCAAGGAGAAGCCCGACGUGUGGAUUGAGCCUGAAGAGUCGAUUAUCGUGCAGGUGAAGGCGGCUGAGAUCUGCCCAACGGAAAAGUUUGCUGCACGCUUCACCCUCCGCUUCCCCCGUCUCCAGCGGUUUCGUCUCGACAAGAAUUGGUGGGAGUGCAUGCUGCAGACAGAGCUGAUGCCACUGUAUGAUCGGGCAAGUGGGAAAAUUGCCCACCGCGCCCUGGAGGACCACCACUUCAACGCGGACAACGGGAAACUGAAGGCUAAACGCGCAAAACGCACCACCGCCUCGUUUAGGGUUGCAGAGCAUUUCAAGGCAGCCGACCUCUCAGAUAUCAAAGAGAAAUCGAAGAUCUUCAGUGGCCUGCGCCUCCGCGUGAUUGGCAUUGAUCGCAUCACCCGCCGCGUCAUGUCCAAACAGGACAUUGAGAGGAAAAUCAAGGAGUUUGGCGGCACACCGGUGCAGCGGUACGAGGAGGGUGUGCUGCCGGUCUCUGAUAUGGAGAACAUCACGGUCCGCGCUCUCCCGCAAGACAUCGACAUUGUCAAGACGAGCUGGGUGCUUGACUGCUGUCGGCUGGGGCUGCGUCUUGCCUUCAACCCGAAAUAUCUUCUGCGAACGAGCACAGCAACAGCAGAGGCCCUGAAGGAACAAGUCGACGCAUUUGGUGAUUCGUACGAAGAGGAUUUGACGGAGGAAGACUUUGAUGAGAUGCUUGCGCGUCUCACAGACAAGCAGCACACCACACACCCGGCCUUCCCUCUGCUGUCGCACACGGAGCUUGCGGAGGUGGAGGUUGAAUACACCACGGGCCUGCAGCCGCUGCGGCUUGCUCGCGUGUUCUUGGACAUGGACAAGGGACCCGCUGGCGAAUACUCCACAGUCCGCAAGACGGGCCUGGAGGUGCUGUUCCUUGGCGGGCAGGUGAUGGACAAGCUUGAUCGCACGUGCACGCAUGUCCUUGUCGAUGAGCAGGGUGACCUGAGCCGCGUUGCGGAGUACGACAGCCUGUUUCGUGACUGGCCACAGCGACCCAAGGUUGUUGGAUGUGCGUGGGUCAAGGAGUGUGUCAAGUUGAACAGAGAGGUGGAUGAGGCGGGCUUCAUGGUCAAGGCGCCACGAGCCUCGGGAUCAACUUCACCGGAAUCGUCAACCACUGCUACAACUGCAGCACCAACAGCAGCCCAGGCCGGCGCCACCACCACUUCUUCUUCCGCGUCUUCCUCUUCCUCCUCCACUCGCCCUGCUCCCUUGGUUCGCCGGCGGAGCAUUUCUGCUGCCAGCGUUCGCGCAGACCUGCAGUGAUGAGUGAGGCAGGAAAGGGGGGAGUGAAAGGAAAGUGAGGCGGCCAGCGUGGUGCAAGCGUGAGCGUUCACCAACACACACACAUACACACACAACAACACACACACACACACACACACACAC